AUGGCCGGAAUCCCAGAUCAAUUGAAACAAGUUUUGUCCCAAGUUGACAACAAUACCAAAUCAAUUGGAAUUUUAAACCAAUUCCAAGCUCAAACAGGAUUGCCAAGAUCGUAUGCUGUUUUAGGUGGGUUUGGCCUUUACUUUGUUCUUGUGUUUUUGAACAUUGGAGGAGUGGGACAACUCUUGUCUAAUAUUGCUGGUUUUGUUGUUCCAGGAUACUACUCGAUCUUGGCCUUGCAAACAUCAACAUCUAAAGAUGACACUCAAUUGUUGACCUAUUGGGUGGUUUUUGCCUUUUUCAAUGUCAUUGAAUUUUGGUCAAAGGCUAUUUUGUACUGGAUUCCUUUCUACUACUUGUUCAAGACCAUCUUCUUGUUGUACAUUGGUAUUCCAAGUUUCGGAGGUGCAAAUGUUGUUUACAAUGUUGUCAUCAAGCCAAUUGCUGAUAAAUAUGUGCGUCCAGUUCACGAGAGUGAUGUCGCAAGCAAGAUCAAUGAACAAGCUGAAGGUGUAUCCACCUCUGUACACAUUUAA